UUUUCGUGUGUUUGUAGUGGCAAUAAAUGAAACUGAGUGCAGAAUGGAGUGUCAAAUGAUUCUUUUUGUCAAAAUGGCGAAUAGAAAUUGAAGGAAAUUAUCAACUCGUUCCUGCAGACCGUGUGUUCGUUCAGGUUAAUUUAUCGAGCAAAAUAGAGAAGGUUGAAAGUAAAUUUGAUGUUUUUGUGACAAGACGGGCGAUUGAAAAGUACUGUAAACUGGUGGUGUCCGUGUCCGCGCCACGAUACUGGGACUUGUGCAUUUCCCCCACGUACUCCAUGGUUUUCAUCAGUCUGCCGUUAUCCACGGACGCUUGCCACUUUUACGCGAGAACAAUAAAAACCUACGACGGAAUUCGACAAGCUGUUUUUUCGUCACGUUUUCUCGAACGGGGGAAGUGCUUUUAGAGCAGCGGAUAAGUCGGACAUAAGGAACUGGCAGAAGAAAUGGGAGCAUUAAAGGCGGGUGUGGAUUUAUAAACAGUUGAAGUUGAACGCGUGUACGUGAUCGUUCUAAGAGGAUUGUUACGACUUCGCGGAAAAGUCGGUCCUGUGGUCGGAGUUGUAGGAAAUUGGUCCGACGAGCAAGUCAUCGAAAGUAGUUAGCUGCGUGACCUUUCGACAUGGAACUGCGAGUGGGCAACAAGUACCGCUUGGGUCGGAAGAUCGGCUCGGGCUCUUUCGGAGACAUCUACUUGGGAACAACAAUAAACACAGGCGAGGAGGUGGCCAUAAAAUUAGAGUGCAUCAGGACGAAACACCCACAGCUGCACAUCGAGAGCAAGUUCUACAAGAUGAUGCAGGGCGGCAUCGGGAUCCCGAGGAUCAUCUGGUGCGGCUCGGAAGGAGACUACAACGUUAUGGUAAUGGAGUUACUCGGACCCUCGCUGGAGGAUCUCUUCAAUUUCUGCUCGCGACGCUUCUCCCUAAAAACCGUUUUACUGUUAGCUGACCAGAUGAUUACGCGCAUCGACUUCAUACACUCUAGGGACUUUAUACAUCGAGAUAUAAAGCCUGACAACUUCCUGAUGGGGCUGGGGAAGAAGGGCAACUUGGUUUACAUAAUAGACUUUGGCUUGGCGAAAAAGUACCGAGACGGACGGACCCACAGACAUAUUCCCUACAGAGAAAACAAGAACUUGACAGGCACAGCCCGUUACGCUUCCAUAAACACCCACUUGGGAAUUGAGCAGUCGCGACGUGAUGACUUAGAGUCCUUAGGUUAUGUUUUAAUGUACUUCAAUCUGGGUACCUUACCAUGGCAAGGCCUUAAAGCGGCCAACAAACGGCAAAAGUACGAGCGGAUCUCGGAAAAGAAGCUCUCCACGCCGAUCCUGACCCUGUGCAAGGGGUUCCCGAGCGAGUUCGGCAACUAUCUGAGCUACUGCCGCCAAAUGCAUUUCGAGCAACGUCCUGACUAUAACUACCUUCGUAAGCUUUUCAGAAAUCUGUUCCACAGACUAGGAUUUACGUAUGACUAUGUAUUCGACUGGAAUUUACUUAAGUUCGGCGGGCCACGGAACUCGGCGACGCAGCAGCAGCAGCAGGAUGAGACGGAGGUUAGCAACGCUGCGAACAAACAGAGCCUGAUAGUGGGAGGGCACGCGGCAGCGGUAGCUAAUUCGGGCGGAGCUGGGGUGGUGGGCAGCGGCGUCGGCACGGGAGGCAUGGACGAGCCUAUGGCAGUAGCGACUAACUCCUCGCGGCAGUACGAUACGCCGGAGCGCCGCCCCUCGAUCCGGAUGCGUACGCAAGGAGUUGUAAAUGAUGGAAUCAGGAAUCCAAAAUAAUGUAACAUAGGCGAUAGCAUGUAACAAUUCAAACUAAUUCAGAACAUAUUCAAUACCAUUUAAAUAGUACGAUAAAGUAAGUAAAUCUAUUGAUAGUUCCGUAUGUGUUAAGUUGAAUAGAAUUUUCGCUUCUUGUUUAUUUGAAAUUCUCGGAGCCAGCUGAACUGUGGCUUUCCUUCAUGUAUAAAUGUUUUGAAAUUGAUUUCGAAAUUCGUACCAUAUACAUGUCAUUUAGGAAAUUUUAUGACGAAAUUAAUUGCUAAUAAAAGAAAUAUGUAACGUAUAAACAAAUCGAAGGAAGAAACAAGCAAAAUCCUUGAUAGUAAAUAUAUAUUUAAAGAAAAUUUUAUCAUUUUUUAAUGUCUAGUAGGAUUUAAAACAUUUUUACACUAACUACAAAGUAACGAAAAGCAGAUGGAGUUAAGAUAUAUAUCAUCAAAAAAAUAUUAAAUAAAGGGCUUUUAAGUGUA